AUGAGGUUCGGGUGCCGUUCAAGGUUGCCCUCGCUGUUCUUCAUGAGGUCAGUGGCAGGACUGCUGCCCAUAGUCAGGCAGUAUUCUGCCAAGACUUCCUUGCCAGCGCAGCAAUGGGUGGACUCUCUCACUGUUCGCGCGCUCCCGGAGAAAGCGUUCUCCUACAACUUUGACAGAUCGAGCGGCCCCGGCGGCCAGAACGUGAACAAGGUCAACAGCAAAUGCACGCUCACUAUUCAUGCGUUUUCGAAAUGCGACUGGAUACCACAGGAAGUUCGCGACCAGCUGGUGCAAAGAAGGUUUCGCUAUCUUUCUUCCUCAAGGGACUGCGUGGUGAUCCAGUCUGACCAGUCGCGCAGCAGAGAAACCAACCGGCAGAUUUGCCUCGAGAAGCUGGUCAGUGAGCUCAAGACCACAUGUUGGUUUCCGAAAGAGGCACAGCCGGAGGAUCUGCAGAGGUGGAGCGCGAUACGCCGCAAGACCAGCCAGCAAAGACUGGAGGGUAAGAAAAUCAAAAGCGAUAAGAAGAAGCUACGGCGGAAAGUAACGGAUUACUGA